UAGCAACACUUCUACUACACAAAAACAACAAUACGUUUGACAUUUCAGUUGUAUUAAUUUCUUUACAAAUUUUUGUGUUUUCUUUUUCAGUUCUUAUUAAAUUUAUUUUUUUUCUUAUUAAUAAUAACCUAACUUCACAAAUAUUAUCGCCUAAACAAGUGUUAAUAAGUUAACAACUAGAAAUUUGUGUAAAUUAUAUUAAUUUUCUUAAGUAAAGGCAAAUAAACAUGGAUAAAUUGCGUCGAGUUUUAAGCGGUGAUGAUCGCACACCCGAAGAAGAAAGCAGCAUAAUAACACAGAUCAAUGAUAUGUCUACUUUAAGUUGGUCUACGCGCAUUAAGGGGUUUUGUAUAUGUUUUGUUUUGGGCAUAGUUUUAUCCCUAUUGGGUUCUAUAGCUCUCUUUCUACAUCGUGGUCUAGUGGUAUUUGCGGUAUUCUAUACUCUAGGCAACAUUAUAUCAAUGACCAGUACUUGUUUUCUCAUGGGUCCUUUUAAUCAAUUGAAAAAAAUGUUUUCUGAUACGCGUUUAAUAGCCACAUGCAUUGUUAUAUUUUCUCUUAUCAUGACUUUAAUUGCAGCCAUUGUGUUACAUAAACCCGGCUUGACCUUAAUUUUUAUUAUUAUACAAUCAUUAGCUAUGACUUGGUAUUCUUUAUCAUACAUACCGUAUGCUAGAGAUGCUGUUAAGAAGACUGUUUCUGCUUGUUUGGAUGUUUAAGUUCUAUUUUUUUUUUGUAUAUUAAAUUUACAAAUUUUUUUUCUUCUUAAUUUUGCACAAAUAUUAAUCAUAUUUAUAGAUUUAUUACACAAUGCCAUUUUUAAUAUUUAAAGUUAUUUCUUUUACAUUUCUCUAAAACUGCACCUUUUAAAAAAAGUAUUUUCUUUCAAGUAUUUUUGGCUUCAAGUUCAAAUUUUGUUUUUUUCCUUAAGUAUUUAAUGGUUUUCAAAAAUAUAAAUUUUUCGGAAACUUUAUGACAAAAAACAAAGCUUUAGCUUUACUUUAACAAUAAUAUUGUAUUUACAGUUUAGUCUUAAUUCCCUCCCACAAUCAUAUUAAAAAAUAAAUAUUAAAAUAUUUUGUAAUAAAAGUUUAA